GAUCAUGGGCGCUUGCAUUUGCCAGCGAACUCCAGUGCGGAUCGAAGCAAUUGGGAGGCCUGGAUUUGAAGAAGCACAAAGCAGAGCUUGUCCGCUGUGCUCAAUCUGCCUUUGAGCUGUCCAGUGGACCAUUAUGACGGUUAUAUUGUUUGGUGCAGGGUGUCACUUCUUUACAAGUAGAGGCGACGGGACAACCUUUUCUCAACACUUGCACGCUCCUGUGCUUCUGAAUCUAGAAAGCUUUGAUUGAGAUCCGAAAGAUCAAGCGGAUCAAUGGAGUCCCUCAUUGCUCGCGCUCUAGAAUCAAAGCUGUCGAAAUGGCUGAAGUUCUUCAAGCGAGAUCAAUUCAAGCUACAGGGACGCAUUGCUCAGCUGACAAAUUUAGAUCUGCACGGAGAUGUUCUUCAUGCCGCCCUGGGUCUUCCCCCAGCCUUGCGCGUCCAGCAGGCGAAGGUGGGCAAGCUUUCGAUCAAGCUGCCCCCGCUGUCCAACCUCAAGACGGAGCCUAUGGUCGUGUCCAUCGACCGCCUGGACAUUGUGCUCGCGGAAAAGGUGGACGAGGAUGACGAUGACGUGGCGCCAGGGGACCCCGCUGCUGCAUCACCAGGGAAGGCCGCGGCUUCUAGCUCAAGCUAUGGGCUGGGGGAUAAGAUCGCUGACGGGGUAACAAUAGAGGUCGCGGCAGUGAACCUGAUGCUGGAGACGCUUGGUGCUGUCCGUGUGGGUGACACCGACUCCGCAGCAUGGACACCCCCUCUGGCGUCCAUCACGAUGAAAGGCCUUACUUUGUACACGACAGAUGAGAACUGGGAGGUGGUCACUCUGAAGGAGGCCCGAAGCUUCAGCGACAAAGGCAAGCAGGGCAUCUUCGUUUUCAAGAAACUGGAAUGGCAGUCCCUGUCCAUGGACCUGCUUCCCCACCCCAACAUGUUUCUCGCUGACUCUGCCCCAAGCCCCUCUAUUAAGGGCAAAAAGAGGAAGGAGUCUGGCGCGCGGCGGGUCUUCUUUGGAGGGGAGCGGCUGGUGGACAGCAUCGCGGGAGAGGCCCACAUCACGAUGGCUAGGACGGAAAAGAACGAACCCGUCGGUCUGGAAAUCGAGCUGAGCAUCUCGGAAGCGCUGGUUCCCGGCCUUAGCGAGCCAGGCCUGCGAGCGCUCCUCCGCUUCCUGACCGGUAUCUCGGCAUGCAUCACGCGCGGGGUGAUCGUCAAAAGCUCGCCCAGUGAGGAGGCGGCGUCUAAGUCGCUCGUCACUGUGCAAGUCGACCACGUCUUCGUGCGCAUCAAAGAGGCAGACUUCCAGCUGGAGCUGCUGCUGCAGGCGCUCCGUUUCAGCAGGGCCUCAGCAAAGGAGGGGAGGGCCACCAAGUCGCUAGCCAAGGUCGUGGUCGGCAGCAUGUUCCUAAGAGAUGUGCACUCCAGUCCUCCUUGCACGCUCAUCCAGCCCAGCAUGACUGGGGUCGCUGCUCCAGAUGCGACUCCUCACUUCGCUCUGGACCCCGCCUUCAGCCGCGUCUACCCCCUGUCCGCGUCCUCCGACGCCCCCGGUCCACCCCCCAUGCUCUUCCUCUACGCCGCAGCCACGAGCCCCCCCCCGGCAGCGCCAAAACUGGCCAGCCAGGGGCUUAUUCACAUCCACCCGGUCAAGCUGGAACUCGCCGAGGGGCCCCUAACUAGAAUCGCAUCCUUCUUUGCCGACGGCGUGAUCGUGAAGCGGUCCGCGAUCGCACCGGACCCGCCGGACGGCGCGCUGCACUCGAUGCGCGUGCUGGUGGACGAGGUCGAUGUUUCGGUGCACGUCAAACUGGACGCUCAAAGAGGUGCUUCACCUGCCGGCACCCGGUCGACGAAUCAGACCCCCCGCGUCUCGGACAGCGGCGAGCCUCUUUUCGACGGUUUCUCCGGCGCCCGCCUGUACCUCGCAAAGCUUGUGGCGGUGCAGGACCCUUUCCUAGGAUUUAGGGUUUUGGAGGUGGACAAAGACCCGGUCUGCUUUUCGUUCUGGGAGGGCCAGCCAGUAGACGCCAGCCAGCUUAGGGCGUCGGUUCAGGCCGCACAUGUUUGCGUAGCGCUCGAGCCGGCCGCCGUGCCCGAGCAGACGAACCAGAAGGUGCCACGUGGCCAAGAAGUGGGCACGUGGGGCGAAGGACUCUGGCGGUGCAUUGAGUUGCGGGACGUGUGCACCGAGGUCGGCAUGGUGUCAGCAGACGGGGGGCCGCUCGGGACACUGCCCCCGCCAGAAGGCAUUCUUAGGCUCGGAGUCUCAGUCGGGCAGUACACGUCCAACAGUUCCAAGGCCCAGCUCCUCUUUGUCCUGCGCAUGGCGGAGUUCCUUCUCAAAGUCACCAAGGCCAUGCGGCGCGCCACAAAAGGAGACUGCGGGCCCGCAUUCACACUCCCGGGCGAAGAGGAGCCGUCCGAGUCUGACUCCGACGAGGGUGAAUGCGCCCCGGAGGAGAGCGCCAGAAAAGACGCCCAGAAGCAGCGGCUAGCGAGCGCGCCGUCGUUCAAGUCGGUGGAUUCUUACAGUUCCAUGGGGUCGUCUUUGCUGGUGAACUCACCCCCCGCCGACAGCGCGGUGGUCGUGAAAGUGGGAAGCCUAGAGCUUCAGCUGCUGGAGUCUUUGGGGCGGGCUGGCGAGGGGCCCCCUCUAGCGCGCCUCUCGGGGGGCGGGAUCAAAGUGGAGGCGUCGCAUCGAGCGCUGGGGGGCGCGGCGGCCGUGUCGGUGGGGGGCAAGUGGAAUGACGUCAGAGUUGAGUGCGUUGACGUCAAUGAGGGGGUUUCCGAUGCGGCGAAUGGACUGGAAGAAAACGGCUUAGCCGGGGGAGGAAGCGUUGCAGUGGAUUCUGAGGAGGGGGGCUUGGCUGGGCUGGAAUUAAGCACGAGUGGCGUUCCGGGGGGUCUUCUCCAGCCUUCAAACGACCCCCCUGGAGAAGCGCAAGCCCCAGAAGUUUCGCCUGGAUGGGCUGACUUCUCGUCGGACCAUGCCAGGGCAAGUUUUUCGGAGACCCCAGAGUCUGAGACCGAUCCCCAGCGGGGGCCAACUUUGGACCCUGCCGAGCACCCCCCCUCCACGAGUGGAAACGGAGAUACCCGCCCCCCACUCCGCUCUGUCUUUUGGGCGGGGCACCGGGGUAUAAACGCGGGGAAGCAGUUUAUCGACGGGUCAGUAGUGUACGUCAUACCGACGGCCGGAAAGGAGGGCUCGGAAAGCCUGCGUGUGAAUGGACACGUGGCAGGAGUGCGCAUGGGGGGCAGCAUGGCUUACAACGAGUUGCUCCUCUACCGGACGGGCAUCCUCGCGUCACCGUCCGAAGGCGGCCCGGGCGUCGGGCGGACCGUCCGAAGCGCUCUCAAGGCUCUCAAAAAGGGCGGGCCCCUCUUCAAAGCGCUCGGAUUACACGCCUCCAAACCCGUGGUUAGCCCCAAACCCGCCGUCGAACCCGCGGCACCCGGCCCGCUGCAGUCGUGGGACGAGAAGCUGCCGGACGAGGUGGAUGUCGACGUGGCGCUCCACGAUUGGUUGUUUGCUUUGGAGGGCGUCGGGGGGGCGGCUGGGCGGGGAAGUGGAGGGGGGGUGGAGGACGUGUAUUCGCAUUGCUGGCACUCGCGGUUUGAGAAGCUGCAGGUAGCUGCGGAUUCGAGCGCCAAGGGGGGGAAGAAGAGCGCGCCCUUGCAGGAGGUUAUGGUCCGAAUAGAAGGCCUCCAGGCGCUCAAACCCACCACCGACGCGACGUCCCCCGCCCCCGGCAGCGGCCUCGCCCUCCAGCUAAAACUCGUCGUCAACCCCCCGAGCCCCGGAACGAUUGCCACGUCACCCGACUUUGUAGUUGAGGACGUCAGCAUCGCGGUCAGACAACCCGUCGAAGCGCAAGCCACCAAGCAGGAGAUUCGGCACCUGAUCGAGCUCUGCAAAGCGGAGGCGGCGGCCGGGGAACGGGUCCUCAAGGGCACGCUAAAGCUUCUCGAGGGCGUGGGCUUGUCCGCCCCUGCGACCGGGGGAGCUUUAGAGGUUCCCAACGGGCUGAGCGCUGAGCGGCUGGUGGGGUCGCUUUUGGGCACGGGCGGCGAGGUAGAAGGGGAGUCAGUAGAGGUUGAGCUCGAGAGCGCGAUAAGGGAGUUGGAAGCGCUGAGCUGCUCGGAAGAGGAAACAGCGCGGUUGCAGGGCGUCAGAAGCAGGCUCGAAAUGUUGCGGGGCAAGGUAGGGGCUCUCCAAAGACAAAGCAACCGGACAGGUAGCUUGGUUUGAAGCUGAAUAUGUUAAUUGCAUGAGCAGCCCGCUCAUUACUGUCACAGGAUCGGGGUUCGCUACUUCCAAAGGUGUAUUUUCUGUCAUUGGAAGUGACAAUCUGCAGAUCGCAACCGGUCCAAGAUGCGGCACACUGCCUAACAGAAAUUCUUUUUUGAAAAGUGCAUGGCUGCAUAGGCACG